AACUCCUUCGAAGUACUCCCAGUCUCUCUCUCUGAAAAAGAAGCAAACAGAAAAAGUUGAGUGAUUUAGAGACGAUCGCAGAGAGAGAUGCACCUUCAUCACCCCCGAACAGACGAAGAGGCCAACAAAGAUGCCGUUCUAUUGUUACUCGCCUCCGGUUUGAUGUCACUCUUUUUACUCUAUACCUUGUUCUGGAGAUUUGUGCUGUUCGGUAAUCCUCAAUACGUGGAAUUCCAGAUCGAGUCGGCGACCGUCUCCGGAUUCAAGCUUGACGACUCUAGGUUAACCGGCACAUGGAAUUUCACCCUUGUUGCCACAAACCCCAACCAGAAGGUCACCGUCACAGUUGACACCAUCGACGUCUCGUUGUUCAAGUAUUACACACCCUACUACGCCACCAACCGGCUGCCUUCCGUGUUUGUGAACUCGUCGGGUCACAGCCAUGUCAGUUUUAAAUUGGGUUUAGUGGACCACUAUAUCAGCGAUUUUGACGCCAUUGAAAUCUUUCAAGAGAAGACCACCCAGGGUUUGGUCUCAUUUGAGCUAAAGGUGGCUGUCUUCUUCACGUAUAGGACUAAGUUUUGGGGAAUCUGGGAUUUGAAAGACUCCCACUUAUAUUCCUGCACCACCUGUGAUCCUGUUCAAUUUGGUUUUUCCCCAAAUAAUGACACCGGAGUUUUCACAGUGGAAUGCUAAGAUCACGUACUACAAUGAAACAAUAGAAAAGAGUUUCCUCUUGUUCAGGAGUUAGAUUCCAAAGUUAAAGAAUUGCUCUAAACCAUAGCAGUGAAUUGCUCCAAACCAUAGCAGACCAAGGUGAGAUCAAGUGAAAGUGUGAACAUCUAUUAAGAAGUUAAAGGACAUGACUGCUGAAAUGGGCAAAGAGGUUUGAUUAGUUGGCUGCUAACACAGUAUAGAUAUGUGGUAAAUAAUUUGAGACAUGUACUUAAAUUCACAGGUGUUGCGUCUUUUGUACUCUGUGCGCUAGUGUGGGGUGUUCAUAAUCCAGACUAUAUACCGAACAUACAUUCUUCCAUCUCCAUCAUUGUUCUGAAUCUAUUUUCCCUCUUAACGUCUCAUUUUCCUGUUCUCUGGGUUUCAAUAAUUCUAGUAAUUUUGGCUUGUGUAGAAAUUGACAUGUAGUAGAUAGGAGUACUUAAUUAUUAGACCAGAAGUCAAGUGACUGCCAUGCCAAAAGUCCCCAUUUCUUGUAUAAGCUUGUUGGAGUACAAAGUAAUUAUGAAGCUACUGAACUGGAGUCUUGAUACUUUUUGAUAAGAAUGGACAGUUCGGUGUUCUGAUUGGUGAUUUAGUGAUUACUAAUGCGGAUACUGGGACGACUUAUGAAGACUGGAUUAGUAUAUUGUUACAAAAUUGAAUAGUCUGCUCAGAUCUGCUUUCACUUCCUACUAUGUGACUUCAGGUUACUGCAAUGUCCUUCAUAAUUUCAUAUCAUCCUUGAUCUUAUUUACAAAUUUUCUAGACUAGGUCUCUUAACGUUGUGU